UUACCAAAGGUGGUGGUGGAUUCCCCAUCAUUCACAAUUUUUAAAUCAAGAGUGGAUGUUUUCUAAAAUAUGUGCUUUAGGAAUUAUUUUGGGAAAGUUCUAUGACCUGUGUUAUACAGGAGAUCAGAUGAGAUGAUCACAAUGGUCCUUUUUGGCCUUGGAAUCUAUAAAUCCAUGAAUAUGAAAACCACAUGCUUGGACGCCUACUCAACCUGUGCACCAAAGCUCCAUGGUUUCUGUAUGAUUUUCAUGCUCAGUAAAGAGAUAAAUAAAAAGCUGGCAGAUAUAAUUUUAUGAUUACCCUAGACACCCUAGACUUUGGCCAGAUGGCAGACUCUAGAGCCUAAGUUUUAGCUACUGGUUCUAAUUCAGUGAUGUCCUGUCUGUCCUCUCAGUUUUGUAACUCACGCUGCAGGUUGGAUUUGUAUUCCACAACUUUCUGCUAUAGGUUUCUUGACUGAUCUUCCUGCUUUCAUCCUGCCUCACCAUGAGUACCAUCGCUAACAUAAUGCAGGAGCUGCGUGACUAUUGGGCAGACCAUUUCUCACGCAGAUUUCUACCUAAGAGGCCUCCCCUUCGCCGAAUCACCUCCAUUUCCACUUUCUACCUCCUGGACCACAGAACCCGGCAGGCUGAACUGGGUUUGGAUUACGGCCCUCCGCGGGCUCAGCUGAGUGAUGCCAAGUUUGUCUUCCAGGAUGGCAAAUGGCAAGGUGAGAGUGGACUCUCUCAUCGGCCGCCACUGCUGCAGUUAUUCUCCUCCCAUGACCGGGAGCAGUCCUGUAAAGUAAUGAAGAAGGAGAACAAGGCUCUCCUGGAGGAGAACAAUUACCUGAAGCUGCAGCUCGAGCUGCUGAUGGACAUGCUGACAGAGACCACGGCCCGACUGCACAUGGUGGAGAAAAAGAUGGACAUCCCUACAUGGCAUACCAAGAUGAAGAAGCCAAAUAAGGUGUUGAUGCUUAAGUCCUAG